AUGGCUCUCCAUGUACCCAAAGCUCCGGGCUUUGCCCAGAUGUUGAAGGAUGGUGCCAAGCAUUAUUCAGGGCUUGAAGAAGCAGUGUUUCGUAACAUCAGAGCCUGCAAAGAGCUGUCUCAGACCACACGCACUGCCUAUGGGCCCAAUGGUAUGAAUAAAAUGGUCAUCAACCACUUGGAGAAGCUGUUUGUCACCAAUGAUGCUGCAACCAUUCUCAGAGAGCUUGAAGUGCAACAUCCUGCAGCUAAAAUGAUUGUGAUGGCAUCCCACAUGCAAGAACAGGAGGUCGGUGAUGGUACAAACUUUGUCCUGGUGUUUGCUGGAGCUCUUCUAGAGCUGGCUGAAGAGCUCCUCAGGAUGGGCCUCUCUGUGUCAGAGGUGAUUGAAGGCUAUGAGAAAGCAUGCAAAAAGGCUCUGGAGAUCCUUCCAGACUGUGUAUGUUCCUCAGCUAAGAACCUCCAUGAUAUUAAUGAGACCACAGCUCUCAUUCGUACAGCAGUCAUGAGUAAACAGUACGGCAAUGAGGACUUCCUCGCCAACCUCAUCGCUCAGGCCUGUGUGUCCAUCUUUCCUGAAUCCGGCAAUUUCAAUGUUGACAAUGUCAGAGUGUGCAAGAUUUUGGGAUGUGGAGUGACUGCGUCCUCCAUGCUGCACGGCAUGGUUUUUAAAAAGGAAGCUGAGGGAGACAUCACAUCAGUAAAAGAUGCCAAAAUUGCAGUUUUCUCCUGCCCGUUUGACUGCAUGGUGACAGAAACCAAGGGCACAGUACUGAUAAAUAAUGCAAAGGAGCUCAUGGACUUCAGCAAGGGAGAGGAGGAUAUGAUGGAGGCUCAGGUUAAGGCCAUCAAGGAGGCUGGAGCCAAUGUGGUGGUGACUGGAGGGAAAGUAGCUGACAUGGCACUGCACUAUGCCAACAAGUACAAGCUCAUGGUGGUCAGGCUCAACAGUAAAUGGGACCUAAGGAGAUUAUGCAAGACUGUUGGAGCUGUAGCUCUGCCCAGGAUGACGGCACCAACUCCUGAAGAGAUGGGCCACUGUAAUAGCGUGUACCUGACGGAGGUGGGAGACACCCAAGUGGUGGUCUUCAAACAUGAGAAAGAAGAUGGAGCUAUUUCAACAGUGGUGAUCAGAGGCUCCACUGACAACCUGAUGGAUGACAUCGAGAGGGCUGUAGAUGAUGGAGUCAACACCUUCAAGGUUCUGGUCAGGGACAAGCGACUGGUGCCCGGAGCUGGAGCCACUGAGAUAGAGCUGGCAAAACAGAUCACAUCAUAUGGAGAGUCCUGCCCAGGUUUGGAACAGUAUGCCAUUAAAAAGUUUGCAGAAGCCUUUGAGGCAUUGCCACGAGCUCUGGCUGAGAACUCCGGUGUGAAAGCAAAUGAGCUGAUCUCUAAACUGUAUGCUGCACAUCAUGAGGGACACAAAAACAUGGGCUUUGAUAUAGAGGGAGACAGCCCCACAGUGAAAGACAUGCUUGAAGCUGGCAUUCUGGACCCUUACCUGGUCAAACACUGGGGCAUCAAACUGGCCACAAACUCUGCCAUCACAGUGCUGAGAGUUGAUCAGAUCAUCAUGGCUAAAGCUGCAGGGGGACCCAAAGCUCCCAAGCAGAGAGGACACUGGGACAAAGACGGCUGGGAUGAAGAGCCUGAUAAUUUUGAAACUCAUCAUUAGAUGGCGAACGCAUAGAUCCUCUCUGUCUGUCAAUCAUCAUGGCCAAACCAGCAGGGGGACCUAAACCUCCCCAGGACAGGAAGGACUUUGACGAGGAUGACUGAACGCGAUGGUGUCCAGCUGAUGCUCCUUUAACCCUCAACGCUCCCACUUGGAUCCACAAACCCUUUUCUACUUGUUUAUUUAAAGCUCAACAGUUUGGUUUAUUUUGUAGAAACGGCUACACAUUGGUUGACAAAGUGAUAUGUGAAAGUAAAAUGUUUCGAUGGCACUGUUUGCUUUUUAUGUUCCAAGUCCCAAAUAAAAGGCACUUGAGCUGUCCAA